CAAAGACGGACUAACUUCGUUCAUACUUAGUGAUAGACAUUAACGUAAUAACGAAUAUUUGACACAAAAAGUUUUCGAAUAAUCUGACAAAAAUAAUUUUUUUAAAUGUAAUAAAAAGUUUAAUCAAUGCAUUUGUAUACUUAAAUCUCACACUGAUUACUUGAGUAAUGUAAGUUCAAUAUUAAAUACGUAAUCGUCGCGAAGUAGCAGCGCGGUUGAAGAUAUAUUGAUGCGUAGCUGUCAGUGCCAUGAUAUGGUUUUGAAUCAAGGAAUGAAUUAAUUUAUACGAAGAUAAAAUAGUUAAAUCUUAAAUAUGUGGUCUUUCUUUUCAAGAGAUCCCGCUAAAGAUUUUUCAUAUGAAAUUGGUGAACCUAUUUCUGGUUUAGAUGAUAGAAGCAUCUGGACGUUACAUAGAGCUAAAAAAAAGGGAUCUACAGGAGGUGAAGAUGUUUCAGUAUUUGUAUUUGAAUGCAAAAGUGGUAAUGAACAUCUUUUAAAUAUAGCUCGAUCAGCAGUAAAAAGAUUAAAGACACUUAGACAUCCAAGCAUACUUGCAUAUUUGGACAGUUUUGAGACUAAUAAAGUAAUUUAUUUAGCAACUGAACGUGUAGAAUCUUUAUAUAGUAGACUGUCAAGAAAAUCUGAUAGUGAUGAUGAAUUUAAAAAGGAAUUAUAUUUUUCUUGGGGAAUAUUCCAGAUUACUAGAGCAUUGAAUUUUUUAAAUAAUGAUGCUAAUUUACGUCAUAAUAACGUUAAUUUAUGGACUGUAUUUGUUAAUGAAGAAAGUGGAGAAUGGAAACUUGGUGGAGUUGAAUAUAUGACAGCAGUAGAUAUUCUUUAUAAUAUAUUACCAUCAACAUUUCAAGCUUAUUAUCCUCCUGAUGUUAAGGAAAAUGUAAAACCAGCUACAAAAUGCUCAGUUGACAUGUGGGGACUUGGAUGCCUAAUCUGGGAGACAUAUAAUGGUCCACUAAAUUCAAAUUUGCAACUUAAAGUUAUUGAUAAAAUUCCAAAACAAUUACAAGUGAUAUAUCGAGAAUUGACUAGUAACAAUGCAGAAGGAAGACCAAAUCCUGCUGAUGUGAUAGCACGUUGUCGUAGUAAUGGAGGAUUUUUUAAAAAUGAACUUGUAGAUGCACUUUUAUUCUUAGAGGAAAUUCAAAUGAAAGAAAGAGGAGAAAAAGGUCGAUUUUUCUCACAACUUGCUGGUCAAUUAGAAUCAUUUCCAGAUGGCGUUGGCAGAUAUAAAAUUUUACCACAAUUAUUGGCUGCUUUUGAAUUUGGUGAUGCUGGAAGUGCAGUAUUACCUCCUUUAUUACAACUUGGCUGUCAAUUGCCUGAUGUUGAAUAUCAACGAAGAGUUGUACCAUGUGUUGUAAAGUUAUUUACUUCAAAUGAUAGAGCAACUAGAUUACGAUUAUUACAACAGUUAGAUCGAUUUGUCGAUCAUUUACAACCAGCAACAGUUAAUGAAGCCAUCUUCCCACAGGUAGCCAAAGGUUUUUUAGAUACAAAUGCUGCAAUUAGAGAACAAACAAUAAAGUCUGUUGUACAUUUAGCACCAAAAUUAGAUUAUAAUAAUCUUAAUGUGGAAACAUUGAGGUAUUUUGCAAAACUUCAAUCAAAAGAUGAACAUGGUGGCAUACGUACUAAUACUACAGUUUGUUUAGGAAAAAUUGCUCAGCAUCUUCAUCCUCAGAUUAGACAAAAAGUAUUAAUUGGAGCAUUUAUUCGAGGUACACGAGAUCCAUUUCCACCAGCUAGAGCAGCGAGUAUUUUAGCAUUAGCUGCUACACAGCAAUAUUUUUUAUUACAAGAAGUUGCAAAUCGCAUUUUACCAGCACUGUGUCCACUUACUACAGAUGUAGAUAAAGGAGUUAGAGAUAAUGCAUUUCGAACUAUCCGUGGAUUUUUAUCUAAACUUGAAAGAGUAUCAGAAGAUCCUGGAUUACGUGAAUCUAUGGAGGCUGACGUAAAUACAGCUACACCAAGUCUUAGUAAUGCAGCUGCUACAUGGGCUGGUUGGGCUGUAACAGCUGUUACUGCUAAAUUUUAUCGUAGUCAAUCAGAUACACCUAAAUCAUCAAAUGCUCAUAAUACAUCUAGAAUUUUAUUAAACAAACCUGCCUCCUUAGAGCAAGCUAGUAGUUCACAAAGUAGUGCUAGUACAACUGCCACAACAAGUAGCGCUACAAGUAUGACAUCAUUGGAUCAUGAUCAUGAACAUGAUUUACAGAAUGCUACAAAUGCAAAUUCAGAUUGUGAUUGGGAUUGGGAUGCUGAUAAUUGGGGUGAUAUGGAACAACAACCUUCUACUGUAUUAGAACAUGGAUCAAGUAAUAUUUCUCCAUCUUCUCAUUCUCCUAAAUCGAAUGAUCAAUGGACUAGUCUGGAAGAAAAACCGGAGGAAGAAGCAGCACAGAAUGUUGAAGAUAAAAAUGAAUCUUCUGACAUAGGCUGGGAGGAUUCUGAAUUUCAGCCUCUAGAAGAUUUUCAACCAUUAGAACACACACAAACAGAAAACAUUGAAAGUACCAAUACAAUUAGUACUAAAUUAAAAGAAGCCAGAAGAAAACGCGAAGAGGGAAAAUUAGCAAGGCAAAAACAAAUGGAAGCCAAAAGGGCGAUAAAAUUACGGAACAAUGUUGUUGCUAAGAAACUCUAAUUUAAAUAUUAUAUAAUUUAACAAUUGCAUUGAUGUAAUUAAUAAAAAAAAAUUAAAAUAUGAUGAAUGCUAAAUAAGUAUUUUUUCUAUCAAUAAUUAGUUGAUUUAUUAAAAAUCGGUUUUUAAUUGUUUUUCUAAUAUUGUUUAUUGCAUUAUUAUAUAUUCUUAUAAAAUACAAAAUAUUAUAUAACAUUUAACAAAAUAUAGCCACGUAUCAUUUUUAAACCUACAUUUAAUUUAUUAAUUCAUGUUAAAAUAAUCUAUUAAUUAAAAAAUUAAAAAGAAAA